CCUGGCUACGGUGGCCCACUAGAAGAUACCUAGGGCCUUACAUAAUUACUGUAGCUGGUACAUCCCCUCGGCCUGCCACACCAUGCCACACCAUCACAGCCCAUCUGAUGGGGCCUGUAUCAAUGCUGCCAAAAGUGCCUAUAGCACUUCUAUAGGCUGCUGCAGGUGUGCUGUGAACCAGGCGGGCCCCACAAAGCCAGCUGGUCGGUAGCUAGGGAGAUGUAUCGCUACCUGCUGAAGCUAGUGAAGCAGUACCAUAGGAAACAGCAUUAUCUACAUCUAACAUGUAAAUGGCCAUCGCCAUUGACAUCAAUGCUUUUGGACACCAACGCCAGCAAAAAAAACACCAUUCGCCAACACAAUCUCGCCUCGAAACCAACUUACUCAAUAGAAAUCAUUUUGUGACACUGGGACGUGGAAUCCGGAAUCCGAUCGCAUCGCCGCUCCCGAAACUUGCAACGCCUGCUUCUGCUACGAUCCAUUCCAUAUCCUAUCCUCAGCCGUCAUCAUGAUUCGCAAGAAUGCUCGUGCGAGGAGGGAUUUCCUUUACCGAAAGGCCAUCCUACUUCAGAACGCUGAGGUAUCCGAGCGGAGAUCAAAAUUGCGCGCCGCGCUCGCUAGUGGCCGGCCUCUCGAUCCUAGUAUUGCGAAUGACAAAACUUUACGAAAGGACUUCCAGUAUGAUGAGUCUGCCCAAGAUCGGUCCAUCCAAGAAGAACUCGAACUAGACGAUGAAUAUCAACACCUCUCCGGCCUCGUAGACCCCCGAGUGCUCAUCACAACUUCGCGCGACCCUUCAACGAGGCUGCAGGCUUUCAGCAAGGAAAUUCGGUUACUACUUCCCACAGGCAUUCGUUUAAAUCGUGGUGGCACCAUUCUUCCUGAACUCGUUAAGUCGGCGCAAUCUGCUGGAUUGAGUGACAUAAUAUUAUUGCAUGAGCACAGAGGCCAGCCGACAGGUCUCACAUUAUCACAUCUUCCCUUCGGGCCAACAGUGUCAUUCUCUCUUCACAAUGUGGUUCUACGCCACGAUAUUCCAAAUACUAUUCGAGGCACAGUGAGCGAGUCUUAUCCGCACCUUAUUUUUGAAGGAUUUUCGACACCUUUAGGCAAACGUAUUGUGAAAGUUCUCCAGCAUAUCUUCCCUCCUCGUGAGGCCGCUACCAGCAAAUCUAUCGGAUCACGAGUAAUCACAUUCAAAAAUCUUGACGACACAAUAGAGGUUCGUCACCAUGUUUUUGUACAGACUAGUUAUGACUCGGUAGAGUUGAGUGAGGUUGGGCCGAGAAUGUCCAUGAAACCAUUUCAAAUCCGGGCCGGAUUACUGGAUCAGCGAGAUGGCGAUGUUGAGUGGGCCCUCACCAAUUAUACACGAACCAGUCGGAAGAAGAAUUACCUUUAAAGUCCCAGGCUCCGUCUGUGACUAUAACUUGAUAAGAGUUCAUGGCAAAAUGAAGAUCGCUACAUUAUUUGCGAAGAAAGGCGAAACACCAGACGAGAGAGGCGCUGUUUUGAGUGGUUGCUACCAACCUCGUCCAAUAUCUCGUUGGUGAUUGGCUUAUAAAGCAGGCCGUCAGGAAGAUGGUGUCGUUCCAGCCUCGUGGCAGUUAUCUCGAUACAUCACUUGGAGAUGCUAUCAAGUAGAGGUAUCAUUUUUCGGUAGACUCAUCAUGUUCAUACAGAGGCUAGAAAGAAACUCUCUGGCCCUGAACUCUGAAGAACUAGAUCGAAGACUAUUAGAGUUAGGAGAGUGUCUGGACGGGUUUCGCAAUAUAAUUA